ACAAACACAAAGAACAAUCAGUCCUCAGUGAUGCAUGCCAGAGUCUCUUCCAUCAGAGUUUGACACUGACUGUCUCUACACUGUCUCUGAAUAAUGUGGCUGCCGGACUGAACCUCAUCAGGACUCAGGAGACGCAGAUUCACAACAAGCAAGGUUAUGAGAUGAGGCAACAGGUGUGGGAGAGAUCUGACGAGCUGUGCGUGGGCCCGUAACCGUGACACAGAACACGAGAUGAGGACCGUUAUUCCUGUGAUUGGAGGCGGUGAUGGAGGGGAGUCCCGCGGCCUCCGCAGUAGGGUGGCCAGGAUGAAGAAUCUGCUUUGGCUCAGGCAGAGUCAGUGGGUGGACGUCCACAUGGACACAGAGCCCGGCGUGUGGCUGACCAGCUUCCAGAUGUUGGACACUGAUGGCCAGUACGAGGACCCGGUGCAAGAGUGGGGGGAGGAGAAGGAGGACGGGGCUGUGUUUGGCGUCACGCUGCUCAGGGAGCCCAUCCUCCCGAGCCUGGACGCGGCAGAUCUCCCUACAACAUUUGCCAAGUACCACACGGUGAAGGUGCGCAGGCUGAAGGCCGCCACCUUGGAGCGUCUGCUCAGUCACCUGCUUGACCACGAGCACCAGGAGCCCGACUUCAUCCGUGUCUUCCUCUCCACCUACAGGGCCUUCACCUCCUCCACCAGCACCCUUAUCAAGCUGCUGUUUCAGAGACAUGACUCAAUGAGGAACCUGGAUAACACUGUCUGUCAACGCAGUCCAUUACCCCCUGUGAUCCGGCUGUGGCUGGAGGAAUACGGUGAAGACUUCCGCGACCCCCCUCAGUACCAUGACCUCCACCUGCUGUGUGUCCACUUGCGGCGUGGCCUCUGCUUCAGACGCUUGGCUCAGACCGCCGAGACCCUCCUCAGGAGGCUCCAGGAACAAGAUUGCAAUGAGUCUACGUCACAGAACAACAAUGAAUUAUUGCAGCAGGAUCUCGGAGACCAGGAGGACGGAGGAGAAGUGUCCACUAAGGAGGAAGUCAAACACUUUAUGGACUUCCCUGUGAGAGAAGUGGCGGAGCAACUGACCCGAUUGGAUGCUGAGCUGUUUGUCAGAGUGGUACCCUUCCACUGCCUGGGCUGCGUCUGGUCCCAGCGUGACAAGAAGGAAAACCGAAACCUGGCGCCCACCGUCCGCGCCACCAUCACCCAGUUUAACGCCAUCACCAACCGUGUCAUCACCUCACUCCUCUGUCCGUCCUCUCCCAGCCCUUCCACUUCCUCUCCCAUGUCAUCGCCCAGAUCCGCCUCCACCUUCCUGUACUCCUCGACAGCCCCAAGCUCACUUUGCUGCUCUCACACCAGCCCCGCCCACAGGGCACGCAUCAUCGAGUGGUGGAUCGCCAUAGCUCAGGAGUGCAGGCAGCUGAAGAAUUUCUCCUCUCUGAGGGCCGUCCUUUCAGCCCUGCAGUCCAACGCUGUGUAUCGCCUCAAGAAAACCUGGGCUGCUGUCAGCAGGGAAAGCAUGGCCAUCUUCGACCUCUUGUGUGAGACUUUUCCUGUUGAGAACUGUGUGCUAACCAGCAGAGAGAUCCUGGUGGAGGAUGGGACUCAACCAGAUGACAGUACCACCCCCGGCUCAGUAUCCAGACACAUUAGCUUCAGCAGUGGUGUGGUGCCGUACCUGGGCACUUACCUGACUGUCCUCACCAUGCUGGACACAGCGCUGACUGACACAGUGGAGGGUGGACUCAUCAACUUUGAGAAGCGGAGAAGGGAGUUUGAGAUUAUCUCUCAGAUUUGGCAGCUCCAGGCUUCCUGCUCCAAUUACAGCCUACCAGUAAACCAUCAUAUCACCGCCUGGCUGCAGGCGCAUACACUGCUCACAGACCAGGAGAGCUAUGAGCUGUCUCGUGACCUGGAGCCUCCAGUUGACCCCUGUCCCAGCUCUCCCAAUUCAUGGAGCAGUCGCCUGAUCUCUAAGAAGCUUGCCACGUUGCGAUCAUCCAGCGAUAGCUCCCUCAGGAAGACCCACGCUGACCAGAUCAGUGUGUCGUCUUCCGGCUCCAGCAGUUCAGACAUGGAGGACCUCUCUGCCCCUCAGCCCUCCCCCCUCAGACUCAAAUUCAAGUCUUCGUCGGGCUCGCUCCACAAUGUUGCAGAGGAUUUUUCCUCCGGCUCCAUGUCCUCCUCCUCUCCCAGUCUGUCCAGCUCUUCCAGCAGCUCCUCACACCCAGACCUCAGCUCUUCUUCUCUGACGCUGAGCCCGGAGCUGCCAUUGGCUAGCUACUCUCCUCCCGCUGUGCUGCCCGUCUACAACAAGCAGGUCGCUGACCUGUGUAUCAUCAGGGUCAGCGUGGAGUCCGUCAGCAAUGGAAACGUCUACAAGAGCAUAUUGCUGACCAGUCAGGACCACACGGGUCAGGUGAUUCAGAGAGCUCUGGAAAAACACAACAUGGAGGAUGUCUGCUGUCGUGAUUACAGCCUCUGCCAGAUGCUCAACAAUGGAAAAGAGCUCCAGAUCCCCGACAAAGCCAACGUGUUUUAUGCCAUGUGCACCUCCGCCAACUAUGACUUUGUGCUGCGUCAGCGCUGGAGGAGCCACAGGAGAUACCUGGGCUCCUCUUCCAGUCUUGGAGCUCAACCCAGGGGCCGCUACACCAGGUGAAACACAUCUGUCCCGGCUGACUGCCUUUACUAUUUACUCACCGCCACGAGAUAUGAGCCACUCUGAAAGAGAGACUAGCAAGCAACCGAGCUUUGACUGCGAAAUAUCUUUGUGGAGUUCUCAUCUUGGCCUGGAGCAACACUGAAAUGCGUCACACUGAGACUUAUUAUGGACUGUUUAAAAGUGAUGCAGGAAGAGAAAUAUCCAAGUACACUGAAGACAGACACAGUAGGAUUUUCUAAUUCCAUCUAUCAUCUUGAACGUCAUUGGAUAAAUGAAGCACAAUUCCCAGGACCUGCUUUUUUUCCAAGAUAAACACAAUAUACAAGUAUAGUAAAAGUAUUAAUAUUGGGUGUCAUGAGAUGAACAGUUCCUAACGUAUCACCGUAGCAACAUACAAACAGGAUGAGGAUCAGCUGGUCUGGGGAGAACAGUGGCGUCAUGGUGCUACUGGAGAAAAUGUGGCUGCAGUUUUUCGUCUGGGACGUCAAGACGGGGGGACUUUUCCCUCAACGUGUGGCUUAAUGAAUGACUGACUCCUUUAACU